GGUCGCUUACUUGUCUGUCGUUUAGUUGGAGUUCCGCCGCCACAGCCAUGGGGCCAGCAAAGGUUUUCUCCGCGCUCGUCGCACUCGGUGUGAUCAUGAUGGCAGACGCACAGUCCCCUGCGACGGCACACUGCCCUCCCUGCUCCAAGAUCCUGCUGCCCGUGUGCGGCGUCGACGAGGAUGGGGAGAUCUGGACGUUCCCCAACAGCUGCACCAUGCUCUGGUGCAACUGCAUGCUGCGUGCCGCCGAUUCCGACAGAAAAUUCAAGGAGCUGACGUCUGGCAGCUGCGAGGGAAGCCCGUCUAACGAGACGGAAAUACCAGAGUGCUUCCCAGAGAUGGAUACGACCACCGAGCCGACAGACGACGGCCCUGAGAUCCGGAUACUGAACGCCACGAAGGCGACGCCAGCUGCGGGGGCGGGCCUCGCGCCCGGCGCCGUCCUGGCAGUGGCGGCGGUCGUCGCGACGCUGGUGGCAGCCGGCGACUUCUUGUAGCGGCGAGUUGUAGCGGCGACUUGUGGCCGAGACUUGUGGCGUCGCCGGUUCUCUGUGGCUAUGCUGCUCGCUCCACUGCAGAAGACAUUUCCACACAGUUCACCUACCAGAUGCUGGUCCCGUACUAUAUUAAUAACAUUGGUCAAUUUUUUUUUCAAGUUGUGACGUAGUUACAAAAAAUGUUUCUAGCGAUCCAAGAAAAUAUUUGCUCUAUUGCAAUUCCACUCUUGUUUAUUUGUAGUAAAUUUAUUAACUUCGGUCGGCAAUGACCACCUUCAGGCCUGAGUAAAAAUGUGUUGCAUUACACGUAUCACACAUAAAGAUGUGAUAUGUGUAAUGCAACACGUUUGUAAUCAGUUCUGAACAAGGCCAUUACCAACCGAAAUUAAUAACGUCGUUACAAAUAAACAUUCUGGUCCAAGACUGGAAUUUUAAUAAAGCUUUUUUUUCAGUUACACUUUUUCCGAAAAAUAAUUCGCCACUAAAUAUAGGUCUAAUUUCAGACUUUCUGUAGUGGCCUCAGUUGUCAUGUAAUAAUGGUUUUUGUACAUGUUUAGAGCAAGCAGACUAUGUAUCAGAUGUGUCUGGAAAAAUUACAGUUUCCCGAAGCAAGACUUCAAACAGCAAAAAUAUGUAACUACACAAAGGAAUCAAAGAAAUGGGUAACACAGGAGCGAAAAAAAAAUAAAAAACCAUGUAUAAGAAUA